AUGGAUUAUAAGAAAGAUAUAACACAUUUCAUAAUUAAAUUUAUGGAAAACAACAAAUAUGGUAAAGCAAAUAUUGACCUAGUACCAAUAUCGUGGACCUAUUAUGUGGAAGGCAAAUUGUAUUGCAAAUAUCCGAAAAAAAAAGAUUACCAUAAAAUAGAUAAAAUGAGCAAAGUUUCAUCUAUUUAUGGGUCUUUGUGGAAAGGUUAUGAAGUGAAUGUGAUUAAAGAAGUUCGAAAUUACAAUCAGGGUCUCAGAAGAAUGAACAGGGCAUUCUCAGACACAUUAGUUCACAGCAGCAAUGUCGAUGAUCAAUGUAGCAGUCAAGAAGAAGACGACCCUAUUAAUCUAAAUGAUGAUGAUGUGCAGUCUGAGAUUUCAACAUCAUCCGAUUCAUUUUUAAUGACUUACAAGCAAAAAAAACCUAAGAACAAGUCCUUGAGAAGCAUUGCUUUUUCUUGUAAAAAUGAUGAUGCCAUAGCUGUACUGGAGAGUGAUAUAAACGAUAAUGAUGGUAAGAUACAGUUCAAUCUUGCUCAAUCAUCUCAAAAGUCUACAACCAAAAAAAAAUCUAUGCCAAUUACCAAACCAAAUCAUAAUAAAUCUUUAAACAUUGAAAAGAAGAAACAGUGCCCAACAUGUGGUUGUACAUGUGCAACAGGUAUGCCACCUUCAGAAACUUAUGUUUCAAAAGCAAAUUUAGAAUCAGUCAAAAGAAGCUUAGAAUAUAAAAUCACAGAAGAGGCCAAACAAACAAGGCACUUAUUUGCAUCCCACAAUAAUAUAGGAGAUAUUAACAAAAUCAUGCAAGAAGAAAACUUAGAUGACAUGCCCAAAUUAAACUUAGAAGAUUUCCAACAGUUCGAUAAUGAAUUAAAAAAUAACUUGGAGUUGAUAAAAAAGCUGAAAUGUUUUAUGUUGAUUACCAUUAAAAGUGGAGAUAAAUUAUCUGAAAGUUUAAAAGCGGUUAUUCCGAGAAUAAUUUCGAAGGAAGUACAAUUAUUAUAUAGUGCUUUUGGGAGGGAAACUUAUGGAAGCAAGAAACUGAACUUUUCUGGGACACAAUCAUACAAAUACUUAUUAGAAACCAUUACUACCAAAGACCCUAAUUUAAAACUAAAGGAUAUUUCAAGCCAACUAAGCCGUUGGUUUUCGGGUGCCAAGGACCGUGAAGGUGGAAAGAAAGAAAGGAUAUUUAAGAAAAUGAAACACAGCCUUAGUAGAGAAGAUAAAAGUGAUUAA